UUUGAUAAAAUAAAAGCUCGCCAAAACUUGGAAACCCUACUCUCCUUCUUUUGCUUCAGCACAUAUCUGGAAUACAGGCACAGCCGAGGAAACACACUUUCCGCUAAUCGAUAAAGCAGGUUGAAGACCACUGUGAUUGACCAUGGCGACUUUUGCUAAACCGGAGAAUGCAUUGAAACGAGCAGAAGAAUUGAUAAAUGUUGGUCAGAAACAAGAUGCACUGCAAGCUCUUCAUGAUCUUAUUACAUCAAAAAGGUACAGGGCAUGGCAGAAAACACAUGAAAAGAUUAUGUUCAAGUACAUCGAGCUUUGUGUUGAUAUGAGGAGGGGUAGAUUUGCCAAAGAUGGUCUUAUCCAAUAUCGCAUAAUCUGCCAGCAAGUUAAUGUUAAUUCUUUAGAAGAAGUGAUUAAGCACUUCAUGGAUCUUUCAACCAAAAGGGCUGAGCUGGCACGUAGUCAGGCACAAGCUUUAGAGGAAGCUUUGGAUGUUGAUGACCUUGAAGCAGAUAAAAGGCCAGAAGACCUAAUGUUAAGCUAUGUCAGUGGUGAAAAGGGAAAGGAUCGUUCAGAUAGGGAGCUUGUGACUCCAUGGUUUAAGUUCUUAUGGGAGACAUAUAGGACAGUUCUUGAAAUUCUCCGAAACAAUUCCAAGUUGAUGGCUCUUUAUGCUGAUACUGCACAUCGUGCCUUCCAAUUCUGCAAGCAAUACAAAAGAACAACAGAGUUUCGUAGGCUUUGUGAGAUUAUUCGGAAUCAUCUUGCAAACCUCAACAAGUACAGAGACCAGAGGGACAGACCUGACCUAACUGCCCCUGAAAGUCUACAUUUUUACCUGGACACAAGGUUUGAGCAAUUGAAAGUUGCAACCGAAUUGGAACUCUGGCAGGAAGCUUUUCGUUCUGUGGAAGAUAUUUAUGGGCUAACAAGCAUGGUUAAAAAAAUGCCGAAAUCGUCCCUGAUGGCUAUUUACUAUGCAAAGUUGACUGAGAUCUUUUGGAUUUCAUCAAGCCAUUUAUACCAUGCGUAUGCAUGGUUUAAGCUUUUUCAACUUCAAAAGAGCUUCAAUAAGAAUCUGAACCAGAAGGAUCUGCAGCUGAUUGCAUCAUCAGUUUUGCUUGCUGCACUUUCAGCUCCUCCAUAUGAUCACCUGAAAACUGCUUCUCAUUUGGAACUUGAGCAUGACAAAGAACGCAAUCUCAGAAUGUAUAAUCUUAUUGGCUUCAAUAUAGAUGCAAAGCUCGAGACAAGAGAAGUGCUUUCCAGGUCAUCUCUUCUCGCAGAUCUGGUUUCUAAAGGGGUGAUGACAUACGUAACUCAAGAAGUGAAGGAUCUGUAUCAUCUUUUAGAAAAUGAAUUUCUGCCUUUGGAUUUGGCUUCAAAAGUACAGCCUUUGUUGACAAAGAUUGCAAAACUUGGGGGAAAGAUAUCUUCAGCUUCUUCUGUACCAGAAGUGCAGCUUUCUCAGUACAUUCCUGCUUUGGAAAAAGUAGCCACCUUAAGACUCCUACAACAGGUGUCCCAAGUGUACCAAACAAUGAAAGUUGAGACUUUAUCAAAAAUGGUUCCUUUCUUUGACUUCUCAGCUGUAGAGAGGAUCUCUGUUGAUGCUGUCAAGCAUAAUUUCAUUGCUAUGAAAGUUGACCACAUGAAGGGUGCAAUUAUAUUUGGUGACUUGGGUUUUGAAUCUGACACUCUGCAAGACCACUUGAGUGUUUUGGCUAUAAAUCUGAACAAAUCAAGGUCCCUGAUCUAUCCUUCUCAAUCCAAAGCAUCAAAAUUGAGUGCUAUGCUUCCAAGCUUGGCAGAUAUUGUUGAUAAAGAGCACAAAAAGCUUCUUGCUCGCAAAUCCAUCAUUGAAAAACGCAAGGAAGAACAAGAACGCCACCUUCUUGAAAUGGAACGAGAAGAGGAGACAAAAAGAUUAAAGCUACAGAAGAAAACCGAAGAAGCAGAACAAAAAAGACUUGCAACCGAGUUUGAAGAAAGGAAGCACCAACGCAUCCUCAGAGAAAUUGAGGAACGAGAGCGUGAAGAAGCACAAGCAUUGCUCAAUGAUGUUGGGAAACGUAUCAAAAAGAAAGGAAAGAAGCCCAUCAUUGAAGGGGAGAAGGUGACAAAGCAAUCCUUGAUGGAGUUGGCAAUGCAGGAGCAAGUGAGAGAGAGGCAGGAAAUGGAAAAGAAGAUGCAAAAACUAAUCAAGACCAUGGAUCAUUUUGAAAGAGCCAAAAGGGAAGAGGCUGCACCUCUCAUUGAAGCUGCUUUCCAAAGAUGUUUGGCUGAAGAGAAAAUCCGCCAUGAACGUGAACAACAGCUUGAGGUUGAACUGAGCAGAGAGCGUCAUGAAGGAGAUCUGAAGGAGAAGUAUCGACUUGCUCGUGUUAUGGAACAUAAGAUGGAACUUGAGGAAAAAGUUGUGAGCAGGCGAAAGGCAGAGUACGAUAGAAUGAGAGCUGAGAGAGAGGAAAGACUUGGCCAAAUCCUCAAGGCACGAAAAGAGGAAAGGGACCUAAAAAGGAAAAUGUUGUUUUAUUUGAAGACUGAAAAAGAAAGGCUCGACAAGCUUCGUGAGGAAGAAGAAGCUCGCAAACGUGAAGAGGCUGAAAGGCGUAAGAAAGAGGAGGCUGAACGGAGGGCUAAGUUGGAUGAAAUAGCUGAAAGGCAGAGGAAAAGAGAACAAGAACUUGAAGAAAGAGAGAGGCUUAGGAAGGAAGCUAUCUUACGUGGAACACCGAUCGAUGGCCCGACCAGGCCGUCUGAGCUUCCUGCUCCCGCUCCCGCACCCGCGGCUGCGGCCGCACCAGCUGCCGCCGCCGCCGCUUCUGCUGCAGGAUCUGGUGGUGGGAAAUACGUGCCAAGGCACCGUAGAGGUGCGCCGGCAGAGACAGCAGCACCGCCGCCGGCACAGCCAUCCUCUGAUAGGUGGGGGAGUGGGAAACCGGAGGAGCGUGGAGCGGCUCCACCGGGCGACAAGUGGCGUCCGUCUUCGUUUGGUAGUGGUAGUGCUGGCGGAGCAAGUGGUGGUGCUGGUGGAAAAAGUUGGUCUUCAUCCAGGUUUUCGCGGUGAGACUUGGGUGAUAUUCUUUUAUAAUUAUGGGAGAGGAAGUGGUUGUGUUUGUGCAUUUUGUUUUCAAAAUGAUCAGGGGAUUUGGUAGACUCAUAAUGUUAAGAUCGUUUUUAUUUGCCUUAACUUUUUGAUGGGAUCUUUCGAUAAAC